AAACAGACAGACUGUGGUGGAAGGAAGAAGGUGUUUGAGAUAUAGGAGCUCACGGAAAUGACGUACUGGAGUUUCAUCUUGUGCACUCUGGUGUUCUGUUAUGAGGCCCAUACGCAGCAUGUUGGUGUAGCACGUAUUCGCUCACUCCUACCCCAAAGCGUUGCCUUUAAGCUGCUUCUACUGAAACCCCCCGCAUCCAGAGGCAGCUUGUUUCCACAAGGAGGAAACCCAGGAAGGAGACAAGUAGGAUCCUCAUCCGGAGGUCCAUUUAUUCCAUCUGAUCCCAUCGGAGGCCCUGGCUUUGUGCAUCCUCUACUUGACCCUAAUUAUGGCAACAGCCGCAACGGAUUUCAUGGCUUUGGUGGUUAUUCCGAGACCAUCUCGCCAACAGGUUUCCCCGGGGAUAUGUCUGGAUCUGGCACAUUUGGUGGUCCUUCUCCAGGGUCUCUGGGUUUCUCUGGAGGAAGUCCUCUUGGUUUGUUAGGUGUUGAUUCCACAGGGUUUCCUGGGGACCUGAUGGGUUCGGGGGGUUUACUUGGCGGAAUGUCAAGCACUGGAAAUAAGGAAACAGGAUUCCCAGGACUACAUCUUGAACAAACUUCAGGUGGGUUUGGACAAGGCCCUGUUGGCGAUUUCUUUGGAUCGGGCCAGAACGGAGGUCUUCUCGGGUUAGAUGUGACGCCUGGUAGUCUUAUAGGAGGCUUUCCUGGUGGAGCCUCAUCACUACUUGGACACUCUGAGGGUUCACAAGGAUUUGGCAUGUCUAUGGGAUUGCCUGGCAAGCUUCCUGGCACAGAACAACAAGGCCUUAACAAAGGGAUGGCAGUGAAUAUUUUGCGGGAAACGUCCCCAACCUCUACGCCACAAAUAAUGGCAAAAUAUAACAAAGUUGCUCCGACGAACACUGGCCAGUCUUUUACCUCUGGACCCGUAACAUCCCCGGUAAAUAGGAGGCAAAUACAAAAAAAUGUUCAAAACCCGCCACGUCCAAAAGUGCAGCAGAGAUUACAAAAUUCUCGUCAAACUGGAGCCGGUAAAGGGCCAAUUAGAAGAAUCCCGGAACCUGCUGUGGGAGGUAUCAAUCGCCCUGCAUCAAUCAGAGGUGUUCAGCCAAUCACUCCACCUGUCAUUCCAUUAGGUGUUCCGCCAGUCAUUCAGCCAGGAACCGUACUUCCACCAAGUGCUUUGCUGCCAACUGGAGGAGUGGUUCUUCGUGUUGAUGGCAGCGAUGCUGUUGUGGCGUCUCCCGAUGGUGUAGAAACGACCGUAGAUGGAACUGACUUCAGUCAAGAGUUAGUUGUCUGAGAUCUUGCUGGUAGUCAUUCUUCCGUUGGGAUGUCUCAUUAGCUAUUAGAAACGAUGUGAGAGGAUAUUUUCUGACGACACGUCCUAAAGCGACGUUGUUGCUUUAUGUGAAAACUUCAAAGUGGGUUAUCGUACCUGAACAGCGAAGAAAGAUGUUUUACCUUUUAUCACCUUUUGCAUCCAUAUGCAUAUUUGAAUUCCUAUACAAGUUUCUGAAUUUCAGACGUAACCAUGUUAU